AUGAUCAUUUGGGCUAUUGUUAUGAAUCUUUGUUGCAUAGCUAAGCAAGGAAAUUAUGGUGUAUCUAUUAAUUGGCUUCAAGGUGCAACAUGGCUUGGAAUAGAACAAAUACAUGGUAGAACUGUUGAUCAUUGGUAUACGUUCGGACGUGAAUAUUGGAGUGAAGUUGAUGAACCAAGAAAUGGCGUACGCUUUUCGGGACCUAAUUUAAAAGCACCUCAUCAAUUUACUGAUUAUGAUGUUUGGCAAAUUAGUCGACAAGAUCCACGUCUUUUUGAUUUACCAAAAGAUACUGAUUGUAGUCAACCAUGCCCAUAA